AUCGGGGGUGGAGGUGGGGUGGUGCUGCGCUGUGGCUGGGACGGCAGCGGAGGUGGCGGGGCAGGGGAUGCGUCGCUGCCUGUAGGGGCCGUGGAGGGGAGAUCAUCGACGGCGGCGGCGGCGGCGGCGGCGGCGGCGUCUUCUUUGUCGUCCUCGCGAAUGGCAGCGUCGACGGGAGGCUUCUUCUUGAUCUUGGGUAUCGCCCCCCGGGCUCCUCUGCCUUGGACCCGCGACCCGACCCGGACCGGACCGGACCGGACCUGUAUUCCGGCCUGAUCUGAGGUUUUUACAAUUAUUUUAUCGGGUUUCGGAGUCCCAUCCAAGGGUUUGCUAGACGAGCGAAAGAGAGAGAGGGCCUAGUGGCGGCCGGCGCUCUGCCAAAAUGGGUAAAAUCCUUGGAUUUCUUCCCUAGAUUCGCCUCUCUCGAUCGGAACAAUCGUAGGAUCACUUGGAUUCCUUCACGGAUUAAAACCGGGCCAUAGCCCAUAAGCCGGUACAGGCGGUGCUGAUUUUAUCUAAGCGCUCCUCCCACCCCGCGCCCCUUUUAUCUUGCCGUUUCCUUCUCUCCUCUCUCCUCGCUCUCUGUCUCUCCUAUCGCCGCCGCCGCCGCCGCUGCCGCCGCCGCCACCGGACUGGAGCGCCCUCUCUCUCCCCCACUUCGUCUCUGCUAUCGUGAGCCCUAUGGGAACGUUUUUUUUUUCUAACUCCCACUCGUUUACGGUCUUCGGCUUGCUGUUUUCCCCUUUCUCUGGUCGCUCUCCAGCUACAUCCAGCUCGUACAAGCCCCGCCGCCGUCCUUCGACAGAGAUGGAUAACAUGAUUCCUGAUUUAGAUUCUAUUGAUGAUAUUCUUCUUCCGCCUCCUGUCGCCACUGGUAACUUAAUCUGUAAACCUCUAGUCAAAUUGUAUUACUUGUUGCCAAACUUAAUAAUCUGCAUAUAUAUUGGCAGAGCAAACACUGGGUAAAUUUCGACCCAAGCUGCAUGCUAAAACCACCAAAAUGACUCCUGUGUCCUCCAGUAUAUCUGAUUCUACCCAACCCAUUCAGCUCAAGGAUUCUUAUCCAGAUCCUAAGCAUCAGGAGCAUUCAAGUGUUCCACCUCUUCGCAUUGCUGAUUUAUAUACUAUUGCCUCUAAUAACCAUGUCACUCAAGAAUCUGUGAGUCAAUCAAAGACCAUGAAUUCAGAAGAUUUGAUAUCAAACAUUGACAAUGGGGAGGGACUACAGCAGGAUCAAAGAAAUUCAGGAGAGAUAUGUUCUUCAGUACGGAUUCCCUUGACAAUCUUUUGCAGCCUACCUCAACGAAUGCAAGGGCUAUGGGUAGAUUUAAACCUAAAGCCAUGCAGCCACAAAACAAGAAACUUGUAACACCAUCUAGUGCUGUUUUGGGAGUUGACAAAUCAGUUAGUUCCUUAAAUCUUAAAUCCAGCAGCUCUUCACUGGAGGCUGUUCCCUCUAAGCUUCAUACAACUCAAGAACCCCUUAGCUUAAUCAAUGAGUCAGUGGUUCACUAUGAGGCUUCACAAUGUGGAGUAGCAAUCUCUGAGAAGGGCAAAAAUUCGCAAUCUGAUCUUGAUAAGUCAGAAGCAGAGGCGGGGGCAGUAAUUUCUGGCAUGGAUUCUCUUGAUGACAUUCUUUUUCUGCCUGAUAGAACUUCUGAUUCUGCAGAUCACCCAGAGGCUUCACAUUGCAAAGACUUACAUAUUGAUGGUGAAAAAGAGGAGGCUUCACAGCAUGAUCAAGAAAGACCUGUUGAGAGUGCGGAUACGUUCUUCAGUACGGAAUCUCUUGAUGACAGUUUUCAACAUGGGCCAACUAUUGUAUCCUAUCAGGAUGGACCUCAUGUCGCUCAGAGUGAUGGUAAUUUCCAGGCCAUCCCUGAGAAACCAGCAGAAGAGAUAAUGAUGAUGCCUUUUGGCAUGAAAUCUCUUGAUGACAUUUCUUUCUCACCCAGUGCUGCUGCUGUAAAACAAGUAGGCAAGUUUCAGCCUAAGCUUGCAUCACGACCAAAAGGGGGAAAAGCUAAAUCAGUAUCUUUUGCUCUUCCUAAUGCUUCUGAAACUACUGCUCCUUCUGUGGAGACCUGUUCUGAGGGCAACUUCACAAGAACAGAUCCUCCCAUUGGAGAUGUGAUGAAUGAUGGAUAUUUGGAUAACCAUCAACAGUCAUCUUCUGUAAACUAUGAUUUCAAUGGAGAUUUCCAAAUGGAUGAUGGGAAGUUGGAAGAAGAGGACAUAUCAGAGUCUUCAGGCCUUGAAUCUUUCAACACACUUCUUUCUCUGCCAAUGUCAACUGCAGCUCGAUCUGUAGGUAAAUUCCAACCAAAGCCUAGUGCUAGAACAGAGAAUGUGAAAUCUAAUGCUUCUGCAGUUCAAACUGGUGCCAUGGAGUGUGUGCAGUGUGAAUGUGAUUCGCUUCCUCCAGAGGCUGAGUCCUUGGAGGUUCAUGCUUCUGGCUUUCCAGCACAUUCUCUUGUUGAUUCUGCAAUGCCCAUGCCAUCUGAGUUGGCCCAAGAACAGGCAGAACUUUCCGAGACAUGUACACUUGAAGCUGCAACUUUAGGGGGCAGGAAGACUACACAAACUAUUGAAAUAUCGUCAGAAAGAGAUAAUCAUGUUAGUGGAGAAAGAGAACCUACAGAAUUAUUACAGGAUAUCUGUGUUGAGGCCCAUUCCCCAAAUGUGGAAGAACUUACUCAGUUGAUCCAGGAAGAAAAACAUAAUUCAGAAACUGUUGAAGAUAUUGCAGCUAGUAAACCAUCAAGGAAAUUGAGAAAGCAAAUCUACAUGCAUGGUACUGGCAAACCAGAAGGUGGAUCAGAUGAGGACCAAAGUGAUGAUGAAUAUAGGGGUGAGGAUGUGCCCAAGAAGAAGAGGGUGCCAAAAAAAUCAAAGGGGAAGAUGACUGAAAAAAAGAAAUCAGGAAAGAAGCGCAAAAGAGCUUCUGGAAAACCCGAUUCCAUUUCAGAGGAAUUACCAAAAAAGAGGUUUCCUCGUGGAACACGGCGGAAGAGACGGCAAGUGAACAAGGUUUUGCUGGAAACACCCGAGGAUGAGAUUGACCGAAGGCAGCUUAGAAUAAAAGAUCUAAUAAUGCUUGCAGAGGCUAAGGAGAGAAUAUCAAGUAAAGAAGCAGCAACACUUAGGAAAUCCUUUCCAAAUCAAAGCAGUACUGGUUCCUUUCCCAGCAGAACCUAUCUCGAUGAAGGCAAUCUUUUUGGAGAGGAGGAAGAACAAAACCUUGAUGGCGAAGGAAAUCAUAACAUUCAACCAAAUUCUACAAAAUUGAAUUACCAUUCCUACAUGAAUAGGCCGCAAUCAGUGAGGUGGUCAAAAGCAGAUACAGAGCUGUUUUACCAGGCUAUUCGCCAAUUUGGAACAGAUUUUGCAAUGAUACAACAACUAUUCCCUAAUCGUACACGCCACCAAGUGAAACUGAAGUUUAAGAAUGAAGAGCGCAAGCAUCCUUUGCAAGUUCAUGAUGCCUUAGUCCAUCGCUCCAAAGAUCAUGCACAUUUUGAGCGAGUAAUUCUACAGCUGCAAACUCAGGCAGAGCAGAACUCCCACAAAGAAACAACUGGUGAUCCACAAACUGCUUCACAGGAUGUGGCCGGUGAAUACGAGGAAGAGGGAGGGAAGCUCAAUAAGGAAGAGGAGGCUAAUGGUUGGGGCGGUGAAGUUCGGAGCCCCGCGGACUCUGAUUGGAAAUUUGAGGCUCCGGAUCAGCCAGAGCUUGCCGAGUAUGAAAGCGUUUAUGAUUGGGAUGCCGGUGCUUCUUAUCCACAUGAUAUGGAAAAAGAUACAUUUACUGAAUUCUGAAUUAACUUGGGCUCUGUUAUUAUCUCUCUCAAUGAUAUUUCGUAUUUAAAUGGAAAUUAGAGCGGUAAAAAAUUUGCCUGCCUCAAUAUAUAUUAUGAUGAUAUUGAGAUCCA